AUGGGGCACCUUACUCCAAUCAAAUCCAGCUAUCCUACCCCUCAAACAAGUCGAAGUGGCCGUGACCAACGUCCCGUAGGUAGUUUUGAUUCCGCACCCGAUUCAAAUCUACCGGAAGAUCUAUUGUUUUCCAGCCAGGAGGCGUCUGACCAAAUAUCUGAACAAGUCCCAUGUCGAUUGGCGGGUAAGAUUGAGGAUAAUUCCGAGCGGAAGGAUAAUCAGGGUUCCUGUCGACAAGUCCCCUUGGAUGACGCAUCGGAAAGAGAGUCUGAACAAAAGGAUCUUCUGUCCGAUAUUUCCAUGCCUCCAGCCAAAAAACGCAGACUUGGUACCAAUGAAAACAACAAUGCCGAGACUGAACCGAGAAUGAAAUCAGAUAAUGAGAACAAGUAUAACCUCGCCCAUUCCGAAUCUCAGAUAUCUAGUGCCGAAUCCAACGAUUCUGAGUUGGAGCCCUUUUCACUCGAGAGCUCAAUGAAAACUGAAAUUACUCAGCCAUCUCAAGAUGGUAGCUAUACCGCACAUUCUGAACCGCAACACCCAGAAGAGUUAGAUCAUCUCUUGAACCCUGCUGCUUAUUACGAGAAGUUAGACGAACUGGAAGCCCUAAUUGCCAUGAAGUUCAAUAUCGAUUCUGGUCUCCGUACACACAUAUUGACUGAUUUUGAAAUACGGGAAGCCUCCAAGGAAAGCUCAUUUGCGCUUGAAGACGCAAAAAUUGGCUUUCUAGACGUACUUGGAAAUACGGAACGUGCUAUCGGCUGUUUGAAUUCUGAAGGAUUUUGCGGAAGCACGUUUUCAAUCCUGGUGAAAGAUCAGCUUCGUCCGCAGGUUGCCAAAACUGUUCAUAUAUCCCUUGAGGAUAUAGACCGCUCGAACAUAACUUCUGCAGACCACGCCAUCGCUCUUUUUGACAAGAUUUUCGGGUACGAAGAAGACAAGCAGAACGGUAUGAAACCAUCACACCACCUGAUCUAUAACUUCUUUCAAAAUAUCCUACCACUCGCACUUGUUUCCUUCUCUGGCUCCCAUGUUUGUCGGUUUGACAUAAACCUAUGGGAUGAACAUCAUGACGAGAUUCCAGUUGGGCUUGACUUCUCAUUCCAAUCUCAAGAAUUGGCUUGCCUAAAAGAUUUCAUUGGAGGGCCUGCUUGGGUCCUUGGAAAAAUGGGAGAGCAAGAAGUGCAGACUGGCUUGAAAGUAUCUUUGACGGUUCAAGAUCUUCAAGAAUUGUGGGGUCCAGUUUGGCUGGUGGGAGGAACAGCAGAUGAAGGUCCAAUCAUCCGAACAGAGCGCGGCUUCAUUGCACCUUUGCCACGAGAGGAACAACAUUCAAACUUCGAGGAAUCCGGCGAAAUUGACUGUCACUGGACGAAAGAUGUACCCGAAUACAUCGAUAGAGAGGACCGAAUUUUGCUAAAUGGCAACUCUCGGAUCCUCAUUGGGAGUGACCUCAGGGAUGCUGGCGGACUUGCGGUUAAUCUGAACUGUGAAUCACAGAUAGAUGAUAUACAGCGGCAGAUUUCACACCAAUUUCAAUUUCCAGGAACCUGCAAUGAUUACUACAGGAUGGAUGGCCAUGACAUACACGGCCGACCAGGCGCUUGA